AUGGAGACCUCAACCACCAACUCCCUCCUCAUCUCCCUCGCCAUCAUCCUCGCCGUCUUCCUCGGGGGCACCUUCGCCUACCAGCAAGGCAUGCUUGACCCCCUCAUCGAGCAAGUCGGCAUCAUGAUGUUCAAGGCCAAGGCGGAAGCCGAAAAGAAGAAGAUGCAGGCACAGGGCAUGAAGGCCGGACAAGACUUUGUCGAUGACCAGCUCAAGGGAAACAAGCAGGCAGCCGACGUCGCAGACGGCAUUGGCUCCAUCGGCGGGCUGAAGAAGCAGUUGUAA